UAUAAGCACGUAGUACGUACGUACGUAUGUACUAUGUACGCCGAUGCCAAUGCCAAUGGACUGCUACAAAAUAACAACUGCCAUCGCGUUCUUCUUUUCAUUGAUUCUUUCAGGGUAUAUUAUAUUUGGAGUCCUGAAGUUCAUCUUUACUCUGUUAUAAGCGAGGGAUCGAACAGAGUAUCCUGGUUCAGGUUUGGAGGAAAACGUGCGGUGGAAGGAAGUUCCCGUUCAGAGAGAAGCUUUGCACCGUUUCGCAUUGCGAACAAUAGAUUUCUUUUGAAAAUCUUCCAACCGUGGAUUCCAUUGAAAGAUUACUGAUAUUUGAGGAUUGAUAAAAUGGAGCAGCAGGGACCAGAUGUACAUGUAGCUAGUUCCAAACAGUCGGAAGCUACCAACCGAGCUGAGUUGGACAAAUGUCUGGAGGUACUGAAAGUUGCCAAGUCUGACCCAGAGAAGUUUGCUGCCCUUUUGUUGGUAACCAAGGUUAUCAAAGCAGAAAGCACUGAUGCUGCAAUAAGAAAGAGAAUCUUUGAUGCUGUUGGGUUCACCUUCCUAUCUCGUCUCUUGUCAUCAAGUUCAGUACCAGAUGGAUGUGAUAGUCAGAUGUAUAAAUCAUUAGCCAUGACUCUCCUAGCAUGCUUCAGUACUGAUCCAUUAUUAGCAGCGAGUCCACAGAUGGUAAAUAAACUACCACAAAUCAUGGAAUGCAUCACCAUGGCAACUAGUGCUAGUGAGACGGAAUCAACAGCUAGAGAAGAUGCAUAUCAAGUAUUAGUUGGCAUAGCAUCAACAGAGACUGGCAGAAAGGAACUCCUGAAAGAUCUUAGGGUCAACGUACUAUGUGAUAUUUGUCUCAAAGAAGGUCAAGGUCAUGACUUGGCACUUAAAGUUCUUCUUCAUCUCCUUCACUGGAGUGGUCAGGAGAUGUGGCAGACAAACCAACAUGUUUUAAAUCAAUGGAUUGCUACCAUGGCAACAGAGUUCCAGCAAAAUCAAGUUACAAGUUUAUGAACUUCAAGAAGAUCGGUGACCCAAUGGAUAGAGGUAGAAUUGUGCCUCGCCAUCAGGCCAGGAGUACAGGUCACCAGAUUGACACUUCAUGUACUGAAGAUAUACAUUUUAAACUUCAACAGAGGCUACCUGUAGUUAUUUGAGAAAAAAUAGUAUUUGGAAGUUUGACUACUUUUUUUACACAAUUCAAAUUAUUACAUUUUAAUCAACAAAACUUGCUGAAUUGUUUCCACGAUAUUUUAUAUUAUAUGAAAUAAUUUACUCAUGUACAUGUCUUGACAUUUUCUCAUUAAAGUAAGGGGGUGGGGUGGAUUACUAGGGCAAUGACAAGGAAUCUGAUCUGUUCUUGCAAAAUACACAAGAACCCUCACUUUGUAUUUUUCAUAGCAAAUAGAAUUCAUCAUUUCAUAGUUCAUAAAUUAAAUAUAAAGUUAUGUUUUAUACAAGGAUUUUUGUAUUUGCUUUUGUGUUCUUCUUUGUUUUGACAAUACAAUUACUUGCCCAUUACCUGUACCUUUUCAUAGAUUAUCUUUACUUCAAUUUCGUUUCUCAAUGGAUGAAUUUAAUCUAAUUUUAUUCUGCAUUAUAAUCAAGGGUGGUUCUUGACAAUUCCAUUUAGUUCUGUAUGACCAUCCUAUAAUUUUCAUCUCUGAAGUUUAAUUGUUCAAGCAAUUACAUAAUAUAUUCAUGUUUUAUUGGAAUUAAAUGAAUUUAUGGAAUUCAAAUCUGCAAUUUACCUUUUGAUACAGCAAAUAAACUCUUGUGAAACAAACUUGUGUCACAUUUUCUUUUGUUCACUUGUACAUGUUUUUAAAAUGUCGUUAUAUUGCAAUAAAAAAAAGUCACAUUGAAAACAAUCACACAGGCUUUUGCUUUCUGAUAAAACAAAUACCCACCCCCUCUCCUAACAAUUGAAUAAAUAGAAAUUAAAAUACGAUUGAAAAAGUCCCUAACAAUUGAAUAUAUAGAAAUAAAAAAUACAAUUGAAAAAACGG